UUUCUGUUGUUUUCCUCUUGCAUCUAGAUAAAUUGGUCUGAUUUUUAGGCUUAAUUCCAAUUUCUAGUAAUGUGUUUCGAAUCCUAUCGUGUAUUCCAAUGUGAUCUUAAUAAAAUUCAGUUGAAAAAAAAAUUACAAAUCGCAAAUUUGUUCCUUUGUUUCCUACAAAUGAUCUCAAUCAAAUCAAACAUCCCGAUUUGAGCUAGAAUCGAAUUCGAGUUCUGACUAUUGAGAAACUUCAGGCAGAUCGAAAUCCGAUUCAUCAUCAUCUUCUUCUCCGCAUCGAUCGCUCUUCUCAUCGUACAAAUCUGGUGAACUUUUGCUUCAUAGAAAAACAUUGGUGUGCGUCUCUUUGAUGAGUUUUGGAAUGGGUGUAGUGGAAAACAUGGUGAACACAGAGUCAUCGAAAGUUAGUUCAUUGAGCAAAAAGCCAAACGUUGUGAAGACGAAAGAGCGAAGAAACUGCGCUCUCUGCGUGGCGAAAAACGGAGGAGAGAUACCUUACAACUACGAUGGGAACAUAGUUUACCCAAAGAGCUUGAUCUACGAGUGUGGCCCUCUCUGCAAAUGUCCUCCUGCUUGCUACCUAAGAGUCACGCAGCGAGGGAUCAGGUUCAAGCUCGAGAUCUUCAAAACAGAGUCGAGAGAUUGGGGAGUGAGAUCUCUCAGCUCGAUACCUUCGGGUAGCUUCAUAUGCGAGUACGUCGGCGAGCUUUUGGAGGAUAAAGAAGCUGAGAGAAGAACAGGGAACGACGAGUAUCUCUUUGACAUUGGGAACAAAUACGACAACACUUUAGCUGAAGGGAUGUCGAAGCUAAUGCCAGGGUUGGAGAAAGAGAAAGAAGAAGAAGAUGGUGGUGAGACGACGGGGUUCACCGUCGACGCUGCGAAGAAAGGGAACAUCGGGAGGUUUAUAAACCAUAGCUGCUCGCCGAAUCUGUAUGCGCAGAACGUGUUGUAUGACCAUGAAGACAAGAGGAUCCCUCACGUGAUGCUCUUUGCGAUGGACAAUAUACCUCCGCUUCAAGAACUCACUUACCAUUACAAUUACAUGAUCGACCAGGUGCGCGAUGUUAACGGUAAUAUCAAGAAGAAGAUUUGCUACUGUGGUUCUUCUGAGUGUACCGGUAGGCUCUAUUAA